CGCACAACCACGGCGAUGUUGCUGCGCGCCGCCGCCAUUCGCCGGGCCGCGGUGGCCGCCUACUCCACCGCGGCGGCGAGGCCGGAGACGGGGCUGUACGGAUUCGAUGUGCUGCGCACGGCCAAGGGCUUCCGCCGCUUCGUCGACGAGGCCAUCCAGCGGUCAGACGAGCUCGUUGCCCACAUCGCGCAGCUGCCGCCUUCAGCGGAGAUCGUCCGCGCCAUGGAUGAGAUCUCCAACACCGUUUGCUCGGUCAUUGAUUCGGCGGAGCUGUGCAGGAACACACACCCAGAUAGGGAGUUUGUGGAGGAAGGAGAUAAGGCAUCGAUGAGGAUUUACGAGCAUCUUCAAUACCUGAAUACAAAUACUACUUUGUACAACGCCAUACUAAAAGCUGAGAGUGAAGGUGUCCUGCUCACGGACGAAACUCGGAAGGCAGCUAAUAACUUGCGCGUUGACUUUGAAAAAGGGGGGAUUCAUCUUCCUAAAGAUAAACUCGAGCGUGUUAAUCAGCUGAACCUUGCAAUUGCCCAGCUGGGUAGAAAGUUCAAUGAAAAUAUCAUGACGAAGCCAGGUUUUGUGGAUAUAUAUCCAGCUUCACGUAUUCCAAGAAGUAUCCAACAUAAUUUCAAGGCCGUUAGCCGUUCUAGGUCUAUGGGUAUUGAAGAACAAAGCAAUCCAAUGAAUACUACAAGGCAAAAGGGUCUAAGGAUAUUGGCAGACUCUGGAACUCUAUCAUCUGCACUGAGAUGGGUUUCGGAUGAGGAAGUCAGGAGACAGGUAUUCAUUGCAGGAAACUCUGAACCUCGUGAAAACAUUGCUGUUCUUGAUGAACUUAUAGAUGCUCGCGAUGAGUUUGCAAAGACUAUGGGUUGCAAAUCAUAUGCUGAAUUUGCUAUCCGUCCUAACAUGGCCGCAUCUGCAGAUGUGGUUAUGGCAUUUCUCAAUGAUUUGAGCGACAUUGUUAGGUAUAAAGCUGAUGAGGAAUUUAAUACUAUAAGAGAUUUCAAGAAAAGAAAAUCUAAUCAAAAGAGUGCUGAUCUUGAACCAUGGGACGAGGAUUACUAUAUUGGAAUGAUGAAAUCAUCUGCGCAUAGUGUGGAUCCCUCGGUUGUUGCAUCAUAUUUUCCGUUGUCCCAGUGCAUAAAGGGCUUAAAUGUGCUGGUGGAAUCAUUAUUUGGUGCCACAUUUAAUCAAAUUCCGAUGGGGGAUGGAGAGUCAUGGCAUCCAGAUGUGAUAAAGCUGUCUCUUCAUCACCCUGAUCAGGGUGAUUUAGGAUUUAUGUAUCUCGAUCUUUACUCCAGAAAGGGUAAAUAUCCAGGGUGUGCUCAUUUUGCAAUCAGAGGGGGGCGACGAUUAUCUGACUUGGAGUACCAGCUUCCAAUCAUUGCAUUGGUUUGCAACUUCUCAAGUUCUAGGGGAUUAACCGCAAGGCUCAACCAUUGGGAUGUAGAAACUCUUUUCCAUGAGUUUGGCCAUGCCCUACAUUCUCUGCUAUCAAGAACGGAAUAUCAGCAUUUCUCUGGUACGAGAGUUGCUCUUGAUGUUGCAGAAACACCCUCUAACCUUUUUGAGUUCUAUGCGUGGGACUACCGUGUCUUGAGGACAUUUGCUCUAGAUGAAACAACUGGUGAUCCAAUUCCAGAAAAGCUGGUAAAGGCACUAAACGCUUCUCGGAACAUGUUUCCAGCUACUGAGCUCCAGCGGCAGAUUUUCUAUUCUAUAAUGGACUUAACAUUGUUUGGGGAGCACACAUCAAAGCCAUUGGAUACAAUUUCCGCUGUUGCAGAUUUGAAAAGAAAGCAUACAAGUUGGAAUUAUGUAGAAGGCACUCACUGGCAUACUCGGUUUUCUCAUCUUAUAAACUAUGGUGCUGGGUACUACAGCUAUCUCUAUGCUAGAUGUUUUGCCACAACUAUAUGGCAUGAAGUAUGUCAAGACGAUCCAUUGUCACGCAGCACAGGUAGUGCGCUUAGGGACAAGUUCUUGCGGUACGGUGGGGCUAAGGAUCCAUCUGCUUUGUUGAGGGAUUUUGUAGGUGAUUCUGUCAUCAGGGAUGCUGGUGGCGGAAUAAUUCCUGACAUUAGCUCCUUGUGUAAAGAAGUUGGUUUGUGAAUCACUUAGGAUGUAGACAGGGAUCAUAAUUGUUGACAUUGAGGUUGAUGAAAGGGCCAAGCCAAGAAACCGAAGGCAUGGAGUGCAUGAUAGGGCUUCAGGAGCUUGAUCUCCUGAAAAGGUGCCACAGGAUUGCAGAAGCGUCUGGAAUGAUUAUAUGAGAUUCUUGAAGAAGCAUAAUUGAUUGCAGUUUUAGGAUUAUAAAUGUGAUCUUUUCAGAUAUUUUUAGAUCAAUUGAGUGGAUCCUAUGUGAUUCAUGAUAAAAAUAUAAGUCAACUAUGUAUAUGCGGAUGCAUGCCGCGAGGAUGAUC